AUGGUGCAGGCACUGCCCGGCUCGGUAGCGCAGAGCACGUCCCCACAUCCAUGCUGCCCCGUGUCCUCGCUCCUCCAUCUCUCCGCCGGGCACCGCGCCCCGGCCCGCGCCCGCCCCGGGGCCUUGGAGGGAGCGGGCCGCCGCCAAGGGCAGCGCCCGUCCCGAAUCAGCGCCGGCGACACACGGCGGGUGUUCGAGCGCCGUCCCUGCGGUCAGGCUGACCCCGAGCGGGGCACACAGCGAGGCGCUGACCUUGCCCGGGGGGUCCCGCACGGCUCCCGGCCCUGCCCCGCCCGGCCGCCCCCUCACCCGCGGCUCCCGGGCCCGGCGCGGCCCGCAGCGCUCACCACGGCAACGGCACCGCCCCGAGCCCCGGCCCAGCCGGGACACCCCCGGCGACCCCCAGACCUCCCGCCGCAGCCCCCGGCUCCGGAGGCUCCUCGGGACCCCCCGCGCACCCCCUGCGCUGACCCGGCCCCGGGGCCGCCGGGAGAGCGGGACAGCGGGCGGCAAAGGGAGGGGACAGCGGCCAGGCCCUGGCAGCCACCCCGGCUGAGCCUCGCCCUCCGGGACCUGCUCCGAAACUCACGAGUUCGGCUCUCCUCAAAUAAAAGCCACACCCGGUCAUCCUUUGUUGCAGAAGCGCUUACCCAAAAGGUGGCACCAGGGGAUGGGGACGGAACCGGGACGGCGCUGGAUGGAGGAGCAGAGCAGCCUGGCGAUGGUAAGCGGGAGGAGAACGAGGUGGUGGCAUCUCUCAGGAUUGCUGCAGAAAGGACUGUGAAAUGUUUGCUGCUGCUGUCUGUGCUCUGCCUGGCUGGCUGUGAAGGCAACAAGACUGAGCUGGUGAGCACCCAUGGCCUGAGGCCAGGGGUUACCCUCCGUGUCAAGAGGAGCUCAGAUGCCUGCCUGCCAAACCCAUGCCAGCACCAGGGGCAGUGCCAGCUGACUGUGGACAGACCACUUUGCAGCUGCAAGCCAGGCUUCACAGGGGAAUUCUGCCAAGAUGUGGUGCUGAAGUUGGCCUGCGAGGAAGAGCACAUGAAGAUGAUGGUGAGGAAGGAGGUGUUUGAGCUCUUGAAAAUCCCACUGGAGCUUGUCCACUUGAAGAACCAGGCAUGCAAGGUCUCAGAGAAGGAAGAAGAGGGUGAGCUGUUUUUUGCAGCCACUCUUACAGGUGAAAACCACACUGCCUGUGGAUCAGUAAUCCAGCAAAACAGCUCCCAUGUCUCAUACUCCAACGUCAUGGAGUCAGAGCAGGAGGCCCACAGGGCUAUGAUCUCCCGCAGUUUUCAGCUGGAGGUGCACUUCUCCUGCAUCUAUGCCUACGAGCAGGUUGUGAGACUGCCCUUCGCUCUCACUGCUGUUGACAAGCUGGUACAGUUUGUGGUCAGAGAAGGACACUUCAACGUCAGCAUGAGACUGUACAGGUCCCCCUCCUACCUUGAGCCUUAUCACCUGCCCAGUGUGGCUGUCCCCCUCACGGACACACUCUAUGUCCUGCUGAAGAUAGAAGGGCAGCACCAGCUCAAGUAUUUCCUGCUGAGUGUUUUGGACUGCUGGGCCACACCAAGUGAGGACCCACACCAGGACAUGCAGCACAAGCUCAUUGAGCAGGGGUGUCCCCAUGAUGAGACGGUGACCUAUCUGAAUGCCAUUGGAGAGAGCACUACUGCCAAAUUCAGCUUCCAGAUGUUUCAGUUUGUUGGUUACCCCGAGGUGUUCCUGCACUGCCGUGUCCAGCUCUGUCUUCCUGAUAGCCCAGAGCCCUGUGCCAAGCAAUGCCCCAGGCACUGGAGGAACAGGCGGGCACUGGCAGAUGACUACAAUAGGAUUGUCUCCUACGGGCCCAUCCUCCUGCUGGCUGCUCCUUCCUCGGGAGCAGAGACCCAUCAUUCCAGCACUGACCAGCAGGACCCAGUGGGACCCAGCCCGUGGCUCUCCAGGGCCCUCAUUCCUCUGUGUGUGCUCGUUUUGCUCACUGCGGCUGCUGCGGCCAUCAGCGUGGGGCGGCGAAUGGUUUAG